AUGUCGUCCGAUAGGAAUUGGACUUUGCUGCCGUGCGACCUCGUUGAGCACCAGAUUGGCCAGGUCGACCUUUUGAUGGCCAUGUUCCCCACAGAAGAAGAGUUGACGAUCCGAGAUGAGUCGGAAUAUAUUCUGAGCGCUCUGAAGACCAGCAUUGAGGAUGGCUCAGUACCGACCUUCAGCGCGUUGCCUGCUGUGGCUCUCCUGCUCACAUUGGCAAUCCCGGAUCCUCAAGAUCCAGACAUCCACAAGUCGCUGCAGCUCGACAUCAACGCACCAUUCGCCUAUGAAGGAAGUCAUGCGCCGGACGAAGCACCAAGGAUACGAGUCCGGAUCCAGAAGCCGGACUGGCUCAGCAAGGCGGAAACAGCCCAUCUCAACGCCCAGCACUCCGAGGUCGAAGAAGACCUCUUCAGUACAGUCGAAGCCAUUCAAGAGGCGGCGGCCCAAAAGCUCAAGGAAUCUCAAGAGGCUCGCGUCGACACCACAUCAGAUGCUGCUGCUGCUGCUGCUGCUGCGAACGGAGGCGGACCUCUAGUUCGAGUUUGGUUCUACUUUCCCUCCAUCUCGACACGCUCCAAGCGCGAUGACUUCAUCAUCAACGCGCCGCACUACAACCUGACGGGGUUCUUGUACGCCGGAAAACCUGGCCUUCUGUGUGUUGAAGGCCCCUCACAGUACAUCGACGACUACAUGAAAUUCAUCAAGACGGAGAGCUGGGGCGACAUUCCGGCACAUCACAAAAAGGUCAGCGAACGUCAUCGUGAGAAGGGUAUCACGACGAGAGUGUUUGCAGACAUGCAGGAAAAUUACAGAUACCGUAGGGCAAAGGAGGGGCAACGUGCGAAUCGAGGUGACAUGAAAGCAAUUGAGGAGUGGCUGUUGGAAAGAGGGCUGGGCGACGCGUUUACCAAGGUACUGAUGUAG